GCCGGGAGGUGACGUCAGGCAGCAUGGCGUCGUCCGAGUCGGAGCGUAAGCGCAAGCAGAGCGAGGCGGCCGCCGGCAGCGAGGAAGUAGCGGCGGCAGCAGCAGCGGCGGCAGACGAUGAGGAUGACGAUGAGGAGGAGCGCUGGGUCGGGCCGCUGCCGGGGGAGGCCGCGCAGGCGAAAAAGAGGAGAGUUCUUGAAUUUGAACAUGUUUACCUUGAAAAUCUACCGUGUGCUUCGAUGUAUGAACGCAGUUACAUGCACAGAGAUGUCAUUACACAUGUAGCAUGUACUAAGACAGAUUUUAUCAUAACAGCCAGUCAUGAUGGACAUGUAAAAUUCUGGAAAAAAAUAGAAGAAGGGAUUGAGUUUGUUAAACACUUCCGGAGUCACCUGGGUGUUAUUGAGAGUAUUGCUGUUAGUUCAGAGGGGGCAUUAUUCUGUUCAGUUGGAGACGACAAAGCCAUGAAGGUGUUUGAUGUUGUCAACUUUGAUAUGAUUAACAUGCUGAAACUUGGCUACUACCCUGGCCAGUGUGAAUGGGUAUAUUGCCCUGGAGAUGCCAUAUCUUCUGUUGCAACGUCUGAGAAGAGCACAGGAAAAAUAUUCAUCUAUGAUGGACGAGGAAAUAACCAGCCACUUCAUGUUUUUGAUAAACUUCAUACAUCCUCUCUUACUCAGAUACGGUUGAACCCUGUCUACAAAGUAGUAGUGUCUUCUGACAAAUCUGGAAUGAUUGAGUACUGGACUGGUACUCCACAUGAAUAUAAAUUUCCCAAGAAUGUUAACUGGGAAUAUAAAACAGACACUGAUUUAUACGAAUUUGCUAAAUGCAAGGCUUACCCAUCCAGUAUAAGUUUUUCACCUGAUGGCAAGAAAAUGGCCACUCUUGGGUCUGACAGAAAAGUUAGAAUUUUCCGGUUUUUGACGGGGAAGCUCAUGAGAGUCUUUGAUGAAUCUCUGAGUAUGUUUACUGAACUUCAGCAGAUGAGACAGCAACUACCAGACAUGGAGUUCGGCCGACGUAUGGCAGUUGAGCGUGAGCUGGAGAAAGUGGAUGCAGUAAGAUUAAUUAACAUAAUUUUUGAUGAAACUGGACACUUCGUUCUCUAUGGAACAAUGUUGGGGAUUAAGGUCAUAAAUGUAGAGACUAACAGGUGUGUUCGUAUCUUGGGAAAACAAGAGAACAUCAGAAUGAUGCAACUGGCUUUGUUCCAAGGAGUAGCAAAGAAACAUCGUGCUGCAAUCACUAUAGAGAUGAAGGCAUCUGAAAAUCCUGUUCUCCAGAAUAUCCAGGCAGAUCCGACAGUAAUCUGCACAGCUUUUAAAAAAAAUAGGUUUUACAUGUUUACUAAACGUGAGCCAGAAGAUACGAAGAGUGCAGAUUCUGACAGAGAUGUAUUUAAUGAGAAACCUUCUAAAGAAGAGGUCAUGGCAGCCACUCAGGCAGAAGGUCCCAAAAGAGUUUCAGACAGCGCCAUCAUCCACACAAGCAUGGGAGAUAUUCAUAUCAAGCUUUUUCCUGUUGAGUGCCCCAAAACAGUGGAAAACUUCUGUGUGCACAGCAGAAAUGGUUACUAUAACGGACACAUAUUUCACCGUAUCAUCAAGGGAUUCAUGAUUCAGACUGGUGACCCAACUGGUACGGGAAUGGGAGGUGAAAGUAUUUGGGGAGGAGAAUUUGAAGAUGAGUUUCAUUCCACUUUACGACAUGACAGACCCUACACACUUAGCAUGGCUAAUGCAGGACCAAAUACCAAUGGAUCCCAGUUUUUUAUAACAGUAGUGCCAACCCCGUGGCUAGACAACAAGCACAGUGUGUUUGGACGGGUGACUAAAGGAAUGGAAGUCGUUCAGAGAAUCUCAAAUGUAAAAGUCAAUCCCAAAACCGACAAACCCUAUGAAGAUAUCAGCAUCAUUAAUAUCACAGUGAAGUAAGCAAGGAGUUGAAGGUUCCAGCUUACGCAAAAAAACCUUGGCAUGGUGGAACCCAAAAAGGGACCUUGAAACAGAAACACUGUUGGUAAUUCCUAGACAAAGCAAUCACCAGUUUUCCUAUUUUUAAUGUACCUAAAGUGCCCUGAGUCUGUAUUUCUGGUAACUUUGUAUUUUAAAGUAAAAACACCUGCAUGUUUCUAGAAAA